CAUGAAAAGAGUAAGCGUAGUUAAUUCGAUGAUCGCAAGCGUCAACGGAAUCGGAUACUAAAAACGACUAAAGACCGAGCUGAGGCUGCUCCCCACGUGGAUCCUCUCAUUGGGCCCAGCCCAUCAAUAAUAUAACAAUGGGGCCUGUUGACGCGUUUGAAUGUUAUCUCGAGUCGUGCGCUUGCCAAUCGGCCCGAUACAUACAUAUAUUUCGUAAAUCCCUUUUCGUACUCCGAAAUCCGUGUUUUCUAUCAAUUGAUCAACAUAUUUGACUACGCCGAUCGCUCGUUACCAUCGAAUUACUCUUCUGUCUUGCUCUUGGCCAACUCCCUCCUACCCUGUGGUGGUUCCGCCUACUUCGGACAGUAGAGCAAGCGUGACUCUCAUUUUCAGAUUCUUUUCGCAACAUUGAGGACUUACAACAGCAUAUCAGGAUACAAUACCGCCAAAAUGUCUCAGGCGAACACCACCGACAUAAAAGAACAGCUGAGGGGGACGUGCCACGCCUACAUCGAUGGGAUAGACCCCGCAUACAACUAUGUGCCUUCUCUCGCUGCUGGCAUUGUCUUUUGCGUUCUUUUCGGCCUGACUAUGGCUGCACACACCGUCCAAUUCAUAUGGAAAAGGACAUGGUGGUGUGUAUUGUUUAGUAUUGGAGCUAUGGUCGAGGUUCUUGGUUGGGCUGCGCGGACCUGGUCUUCUCAGUGCCCAUACCAGAUGACCGCCUUCUUAAUGCAAAUUUCCACUCUUAUCAUCGCGCCAACCUUUUUCACAGCCGGUAUCUACGUCCUUCUCGGGCGUUUCAUCCAGCUACUCGGCCGCAAGUCAUCGAUACUUAGCCCCGCCCUGUACCUUUGGAUUUUCUGCACCUGCGAUAUCGUCUCCCUCGUCGUCCAGGCUAUUGGCGGUGGUAUGGCAUCCGCAGCAACCAACAAGGUGGACGGUAACACCAAGCCCGGCACCGAUGUGAUGGUCGUCGGCAUCGUCUUCCAAAUGGCAUCCAUCACCGUCUUCGUGUACUUUGCCUGCGACUUCUUGCUGCGUGUUAUGAGACAGAGGCUGUUACAGACAAUGCAAGGUUCAAUUACACCAUUGCUCGCCGCCAUGAUCUUUUCGGUUGUGUGCAUCUAUGCGCGAAGCAUCUAUCGUACCAUUGAGCUGUUGCAGGGCUGGUCAGGUUAUUUGAUUUCCCACGAAAAGUACUUUAUUGCCCUGGAUGGCGCGAUGAUGAUUCUUGCCGUCGGUGUCUUCAAUUUCGUCCAUCCCGGCUGGUUGAUGCCAAAGCAGAAGAAUGUCGAUGACUGGGAUGGCGUUGACUUGGGACCUGCCCAACCUCUGGAGGAAAGAUAAUCGGGAGUUCUUCUUCUUUUUCCCUUUGCUAUUGCUAUGUUUUGUACAAUGCUCCUUCUCCCAUCACGAUAGAUUAUACAUAGAGCCGGUAGUAUAUACCAAUUGAGCGUAAUAUUACUCUUUUU